ACAUGAAAAUUACAGAUAUGUUUCAUUCAUCAUGCAGAGUGUUUAAAUAUCUUUUUAGUUAGUUGUGAGCAUUUAAAAAUAAAGAACCAAAACCAAAUCCAGUGCCAUAGAGCCAAUUCCGACUCAUAGUGACCCUAUAGAACAGAGUGAACUGCCCCAUAGAGUUUCCAAGGAGUGCCGGGAGGAUUCAAACUGCCAACCCUGUGGUUAGCAGCUGUAGCAUUUAACCACUAUGCCACCAGGGUUUCCAAAAGUUAGAAAAGCUCACAAAAAUCUAGAUUUCCUGCUUGUGAAAAAAUCCUGAAGGUUGGGCCCCCAUGGCCCAUGUUUCCACAAGGCAAGAAUAGCACCCUCCCCUACCCAGCCAGCUUCGCUCCCGGCAGGAACUGCCUUGCCCCUGCAGCAUCUGUUUGCAAGCCUGCUAAGUGGAUUUUUUUGAAGCUAAAGUUAGUCUGGAUUGCAUCCAGUUUAUGUAAAUAAUUGAGGUGAUUAGAUGUGACUGAUAUCUCCACUGAUACUUUCUCUCCUGAUAAAAUCUGAAAUCCCCUUAUUAUCUAUCCUUGCAUGCCUGAGCCCCUUGGGGGAUAGGUCUUGCUAACAGAUUAGCCCUUACUGGUUAAAGUAGCAUUAAAUUUGAAUGUUUCUUCCUACGGGGAACAUUUUGAGAUCAUGUUUUGUACAUGUCCAUCACGUACUCUUUUCUGGCACUAAAGUAGACUGGUUUAGUGGCUCCAGUUCAUUGCCACCUAAUUCUAAGCCCUUGCUUGUUAUUUUUGUCCGUCGGUUACCAUAUGGAGAAAUCUGCUUUUCACGUACGGGAGGGCGAGCUGUGUGUUUGUGUCUGUGUGUGCUAGAAUUAUCGCUCAGGAAAUAAAAGUAGUUCAUGUCUGUGGUCAGGAAAUACAGUUAGUAACUUCUGUAGAUAUUUAGAUUGUAAAAACGAUAAUUAGUCAGGUUGAGAUCCUGUGUCGUACAGAUAAUAAGCACUGGAAGGUGUUGGGUGAGACUGCCUCGCAGCCACGAAAUGGAGGCAUUGUGAAACCCAAGCCGGCCCCAGAACACCCGCGCAGCAUGAUUUGUUGUUACGCAGAACCAGCUAUACUGUCGGGUGGAUGGAAGUCUGCUUAGUUGAAGAAUUGCCACCAACCACUGAACUGGAAGAAGGGUUGAGGAAUGGAGUUUACCUUGCAAAGUUAGCCAAGUUCUUUGCCCCUAAAAUGGUAUCAGAUAAAAAGAUCUAUGAUGUGGAACAAACACGUUACAAGAAGUCCGGCCUUCAUUUUCGACAUACAGAUAAUACUGUCCAGUGGUUAAGAGCUAUGGAAUCUAUUGGUCUACCUAAGAUAUUUUAUCCAGAAACCACAGACGUCUAUGAUCGGAAAAACAUACCAAGAAUGAUAUAUUGCAUUCACGCGCUGAGUUUAUAUCUGUUCAAACUAGGAUUGGCACCCCAGAUCCAAGAUUUGUUGGGCAAAGUAGACUUCACAGAGGAGGAAAUCAGUAAUAUGAGAAAAGAACUUGAGAAAUAUGGAAUACAGAUGCCAUCUUUCAGCAAAAUAGGUGGUAUUCUGGCCAAUGAACUGUCUGUGGAUGAAGCUGCUUUGCAUGCUGCCGUUAUAGCCAUUAAUGAAGCUGUGGAGAAGGGAAUAGCAGAGCAGACCAUUGUAACACUAAGAAACCCAAAUGCAGUUUUAACUCUAGUGGAUGACCACCUUGCUCAAGAGUAUCAGAAAGAACUCUGGGAAGCCAAAAAGAGAAAAGAGGAAAAUGCAAGACUGAAGAAUAGCUGUAUUUCUGAAGAGGAAAGAGAUGCAUAUGAAGAGCUGCUGACACAGGCAGAAAUCCAAGGCAAUAUCAAUAAAGUCAACAGGCUAGCUGCGGUGGACCACAUCAAUGCUGUAAUUAGGGAAGGUGACCCUGAGAAGACGCUGCUUGCGCUGCAGAAACCGGAGGCCCAGCUGCCUGCUGUUUAUCCCUUUGCGGCUGCUAUGUAUCAGCAUGAACUUUUCAACCUCCAGAAUCAGAAUGCCAUGAACUACGUGGCCCAUGAAGAACUGUUGAUUGCAGUGGAAAUGUUGUCUGCUGUUGCUUUACUAAACCAGGCCUUGGAAACCACCAAUCUUGUGUCUGUGCAGAAUCAACUCAGAAGCCCAACAAUAGGCUUCAACAAUCUGGAUGAAGCAUAUGUAGAACGUUAUGCAAAUGCACUACUGGCCAUUAAACUUGAAGCCUUAUCACAAGGGCAAGAUAGCUUAAGCUGGAAUGAAAUUCAGAAUUGUAUUGAUAUGGUUAAUUUCCAAAUUCAAGAAGAAAAUGACCGAAUUGUAGCUGUAGGGUAUAUCAAUGAAGCUAUUGAUGAAGGAAAUCCCUUGAAGACUUUAGACACCUUGCUGUUACCUACUGCUAAGAUUAGAAAUGUCGACCCAGACUAUGCUCAGCACUACCAGGACGUUUUAUACCAGGCUAAAUCCCAGAAACUCAGGGACCCUGAGUCUGCUUCCAAAGUUCUUUGGCUGGAUGAAAUACAGCAAGCAGUCGAUGAGGCCAACAUGGACAAGGAGCAAGCAGAAAAAUGGGUUACUCUGGUCAUUGAUGUUAACCAGUUUUUGGAGAGAGGAAAACCAAGUGAUACUUUGUCUGUAUUGACAUCUUCCAGUCUGGAUGCAAAUGACAUAGUCCCCGAGUGUGCUAACAAGUACUACGAUGCUCUUCUGAAGGCAAAAGAACAGAAGUCUCAAAAUGUUUCUGGUGAAGGUUCAUGGCUCAGAUGUCCCCUGCAGGACAAAUACGAGUAUUAUUACGACAUUGAUUCGAAGGAGAGUUCCUGGAAAAUGCCUGAAAAUGCCUCACUUAAAAAAUCAUGGCUCCUGGGAAAAGACAUUGAGGACAUUAUUUCGGAAAUUACGGCAAGUUACAUUCGUGAGAAGAUAUGGUCUGCUUCAGAAGACUUGAUUCUUCGGUUUAAAAGCACACCUUCAGGACACCUCCUUAGUGAAGAGUUUGAAGCUAGGAAAUCAUUUUUGUAUGAUCAAGAAGCGUAUGUGGUCAAAAUACAGGCUUUUUGGAAGGGAUAUAAACAACGGAAAGCGUAUUCUUGCAGACGGCAAAUGUUCGUUGAUAAUGUUGCUUCUAUUGUGAAGAUUCAGUCCUGGUUCCGAAUGUCAUCAGCAAGAAACAGCUACCUUUCACGACUACAGUUUUUCAGAGAUCAUAGAAAUGAAAUUGUGAAAAUACAGUCGCUAUUGAGAGCAAACAAAGCUAGAGAUGACUACAAAACAUUGGUUGGUUCCGAAAACCCACCGCUGACAGUAAUUCGCAAGUUUGUACACCUCUUGGACCAAAGUGACUUAGAUUUCCAAGAGGAGCUGGAGGUAGCCCGAUUAAGGGAAGAAGUGGUGACCAAAAUCAGAGCCAACCAACAGCUGGAAAAAGACCUCAACCUGAUGGACAUCAAGAUUGGACUCCUGGUGAAGAACAGGAUCACACUGCAGGAUGUAGUUUCACACAGCAAGAAGCUGAAUAAGAAAAAAGGAGGAGAAAUGCAAAUAUCGAAUAACACAGACAACCAGGGAAUCAAAAGUUUGAGUAAGGAAAGGAGAAAAGCACUAGAAACGUACCAACAGCUGUUUUACCUUUUACAGACCAAUCCUUUAUACUUGGCUAAGUUGAUUUUCCAAAUGCCACAGAACAAGUCAACUAAAUUUAUGGACACUGUUAUUUUCACACUAUAUAACUAUGCUUCUAACCAACGAGAAGAAUAUCUACUCCUCAAGCUUUUUAAAACUGCCCUGGAGGAAGAAAUAAAAUCUAAGGUGGACCAGGUACAGGACAUAGUUACUGGAAACCCUACAGUCAUCAAGAUGGUCGUCAGCUUCAACAGAGGUGCCCGUGGACAGAACACCCUGCGCCAACUGCUGGCUCCAGUGGUGAAGGAGAUCAUCAAUGACAAAUCUUUGAUCAUUAACACGAGCCCAGUAGAGGUGUACAAGGCUUGGGUGAACCAGUUAGAAACACAGACUGGAGAGGCCAGCAAGCUGCCUUAUGAUGUGACCACAGAACAAGCUUUAACAUACCCGGAAGUGAAAAAUAAACUGGAAGCAUCCAUCGAGAACCUGAGAAGGGUCACUGACAAAGUUCUGAACUCUAUCAUUUCUUCCCUUGAUCUACUACCUUAUGGAUUGAGGUAUAUAGCCAAAGUACUGAAGAAUUCGAUCCAUGAGAAAUUUCCUGAUGCAACAGAAGAUGAGCUAUUAAAGAUUGUUGGAAACCUCCUAUACUAUCGGUAUAUGAACCCAGCCAUCGUGGCUCCCGAUGGCUUCGAUAUCAUCGAUAUGACAGCCGGCGGCCAGAUAAAUUCCGACCAGAGGAGAAACUUGGGAUCAGUGGCCAAGGUUCUUCAGCACGCAGCCUCCAACAAGCUGUUUGAAGGAGAAAAUGAGCAUCUUUCCUCUAUGAACGAUUAUUUAUCAGAGACGUAUCAGGAAUUCAGGAAAUAUUUCCAAGAAGCAUGUAAUGUUGCUGAGCCAGAAGAAAAGUUUAAUAUGGACAAGUACUCAGACAUAGUGACAGUCAGCAAACCAGUCAUCUACAUUUCGAUUGAAGAAAUCAUCAGCACGCACUCACUCCUGUUGGAACACCAAGAUGCAAUUGCACCUGACAAAAAUGACUCGCUAAAUGAACUGUUGGAGUUGCUGGGAGAGGUACCUAGUGUGGAAUCUUUUAUUGGGGAAGGAGCAGUUGACCCCAAUGACCCUAACAAGGAAAAUACGCUAAGUCAGCUCUCAAAGACUGAGAUUUCCCUUUACUUGACAAGCAAGUACGACCUACAAGAUGGUGAGACUAUAGACGGCCAAAGCCUCAUGAUAAAGACGAAAAAGCUGAUAAUUGAUGUGAUCCGGAACCAGCCAGGGAACACGUUGACAGAAAUCUUAGAGACACCGGCAACUCCACAACAGGAACAAGAUCACACCAAAGAUAUGUUGAGUCGUGCCAUUAUAGAUUCCAGAACACCAGAAGAAAUGAAGCAUAGCCAAUUUAUGAUUGAAGAUGCACAACUGCCUCUUGAACAGAAGAAGAGGAAAAUCCAGAGGAAUCUCCGGACAUUGGAACAGACUGGACAUGUGUCAUCCAAAGAUAAAUACCAAGAUAUUCUCAAUGAGAUUGCCAAGGAUAUUCGGAAUCAAAGAAUCCAUCGUAAGCUUCGAAAAGCCGAAUUGUCAAAACUUCAGCAGACCCUGAAAGCACUUAACGAGAAGGCAGCAUUUUAUGCAGAGCAAAUUAAUUAUUAUGACACCUACAUCAAGACUUGCUUAGACAACUUAAAUAGAAAAAAUACUCGGAGAUCAAUUAAACUCGAUGGAAAAGGAGAACCCAAAGGGCCGAAGAGAGCGAAGACUGUGAAGUACACUGCAGCAAGGCUGCACGAGAAGGGUGUCCUGCUAGGGAUAGACGACCUCCAAACUAACCAGUUUAAAAAUGUCAUGUUUGAUAUCAUGUCUACUGAAGAUGUGGGCAUCUUUGACGUCAGAGCAAAAUUCCUGGGUGUCGAAAUGGAAAAGGUGCAGCUCAAUAUUCAGGAUUUACUUCAGCUGCAGUAUGAAGGAGUAGCUGUAAUGAAAAUGUUUGAUAAGGUUAAAGUGAACGUAAACCUUCUUAUUUACCUGCUGAACAAGAAAUUCUAUGGAAAGUGAAGUGCCUGCAGAAAUUUCAUGGAUUCUGUAUUAACUUGCAUUGGGAAAUGCAUUUGUUUAAUAUUUUUGUUUUUAAACAUGAUUGAAAUCACUGCUUAUAAAUGUGUGAUUUUUUAAAGACCAAAACUGUUCUAAAGAAUGUACCCAUGUGCCUUUUUGGUAAUUUGAUACUACAGUAGAAUGAUACACAGAAUGAAUUAAUGUAAACACUUCCACACUGUGCUGUGGGAUAGGUACUCUGAUUUAAAACCUUGGACAUCCUGUGAUUCUGUUUUGCUUCUAAAGUAGGAAGAAAAUAAAUUUAGCUGACUAGGGACAAAUGUGUAAACCUAUUUUCCUAUGAAAGAGUUUUAAAUGUCCCACUUAAAUAAUAUAAUUCUUCAUAGAUUUUUUUUUUAAUCUGUGGAGAAAUGGAAACCUAAUUAUUUCUAAUGAAUUAUUUAGACAGAUACUUCAAAGCUCUGUCUCCUGAGAGUUGUCAAUUUUAAGAGAACUUUUGUGCAAUUCAAAGUGGAGUUUUUAUAAGUAAUCGAAAGUGACAACACAGUAACACUUUCUGUAUUAAAGUAUAUAUUUUAUGUGAUUUAUUCCUACUAAAUGAAAGUGCACUACUGCCUCAUAGUAAGGACUCUUGUACCCAGAGCCUUCACAUAAUGAAGAACAACAUGGACAGCAGUCAAAGGCCCCCACCUUCAGCCCUCACAAGUUAUUUGAAUACUUGGAUUGUGCCUCUCAAUUUUUUUUGUAAUGCAAUAAAAUCAGUAUCUAGAUGGUUUUUAAAUGUAUUCUUUGGAAAUUGUUUUAUGUAAAAUAAAUGUUACUUAAUUACA